AUGCCUAUGGCUACCACCACCACUACAACAACGGCGAAUGGCGAUUCGGAAUGUUCUCAUUGCCAUGAACCAGUCAAUUCUGAUCAUGUAUGUUCAUCUCAACAACUAUUAGACGAAUUAUAUCAUCUCAAUGAUCAAACAACGGAACAAUUAAAUAAAAUACAAGCUCUCACAUUAGAACAUAUACAUGAUGAAUGUCAAACAAAUUUAGAAAAAUGGAAAACCGACAUGCUCAGUAGUGUAACUGAACUCUACGAUCAACGUAAGAAAGAAUUAGAAUUACUCUAUAAAGAUAUUGAAAAAGAAUUUGAACAAUUUAAACAACAACAACUUAAACAAUUAAAAACAAAUAUUACACCAAAAAUAACUGAUAUGAUUGAAUUAACAACAUCAUCCACGGAAGAAAUAUCGCAACUCAAAUUAAAUGAAGUACAAUUAUUAUUAAAUAAAUUGAAGACAGAAAUUGAGAAUGUUCUUGAACGAAAAUGGAUCUAUUUGAAUAUGAUAAAUAUAAAACAGUUAAAUGAAUUUAUUAAAAUUGAGAAAGAAAAAUGUACCAUGGCUGCAUGUGGAGAUUCGUCAGUAAAAGCGCCAUCAACAUCAACAUCAUCAAAUGGAAGUAGAAUUUUCUUUACAAGUGAAAUAAAUGGCAGACCGAAGUCAAAUGGUGAUAAUAACGGUGAACAUGAUGAUAUAGUAGUAGGAAGUAACGGAAUGCCAAAAAAGAAGAAAAAAGAGUUUACAUUGGAUGUUGAUGAUUUGUUUAAAUUGGUCAAAAAACCAAUGAUUCAAUUUGAUGUGAAAACAAAUUCAUCAACAUUAGCUGUAUCAGAUCAAUUUAUAUUUGUUAAUGAUGAUAAAAGACUAGUAUUAUACGAUAUGACAAAAUUAGUCAAAGAAAUACCAUGGAAUGAAAAUGAUUUUGGUAUCAUUGUUGAUAUGUGUUAUUCAUCAUCAUUAAAUUUAUUUCUCAUUUUAAGUAUACAUUCUCUGUAUACCUAUGAUCCAUUAUCAACAAUGUCGGAUGAUAAAUUAAUUUUAAAAGUUGAACAAGUGUUACCAUUAGAUCGUAAUAUACUAGCAUCAAUAUGUAAUCAUAAUAAAUUUAUUUAUAUUAGUUAUCAUAAAGGUGUUCAUAUUGAUUCAUAUACGGUAACACUACCUGAAUGGAAAUUAACAAGACGUUGGUCAAAAUUAGAAGUAUGUGAACCAACAGAUAAUGGUGUACGUGAUAUACGAUGUGAUUCAUUUUAUAUUGGUUUAUCGGUAAUGCAACAAGAUCUUCAUUGGAGAGUAGAUAUUAUGGAUUAUAAUAUGGUACGUUUACGAAAAGGUUUUAUUAUGGAUCAAAGUGAAAAUCAACAUCGGUUUUUUUCAAUGUUAACACCUUUAUUUGAUAAUCGUUGGCUAUUUAUUAAUUGGCAUACAAAUAAAAUAUGGUUAUUAGAUGAAUUUGGACAAGUAAAACAAUUGAAUACAACGUAUAAAAAUAUAAAAAAUAUAUGUUUAUCAAAUGAUUUGAACUAUUUUGUUAUACGAUCCGAAAAACCAUCGUCACUUAAAAUAUACAGAAUUUAA